AUGAAUAACAUUCUUUUUUUAGUACUUGUGAUUCUUGGCCUCAUAAACCAUAGUGAAGUUUAUGGGGCUGGUGUAUGCGGAAUAUCUUCCCCUGAGAGAGAGGCCUGGAAGCUGGCUCCUUGCGUUACAGCAGCAAUGGAUGAAAAUGCUCCAGUUUCUGAGAGGUGCUGCAAUCAAAUAAAGAGACUAGGCCAGAAAAUUGCUUGCCUUUGUGCUGUUGUGCUUUCUAGCACAGCCAAAAUUGUUGGGGUCAAGCCAGAAAUCGCAGUCACAAUUCCAAAACGUUGCAGUAUUGCUGAUCGUCCUGUGGGUUAUAAGUGUGGAGGUCUGCGAUGCUUCAUUGCAAUUUAUUCAUUUCUGUAUGAAAUAUCAAACCACCUCUCAGUAAUAUAUGGCAAUACUGAUCAUUGA